CGCACACACAAUCACAGCCACCCAGCAGUAGCUAGCCACAGAACAGAUAAAUUGAUCAUACAGAUCGAGGAACAACUUCAUUGAAGCUCCUGCCUCAAUGGUGGCGGGGCGCAGCGGCAUGUUGGCUCAGCAGCUGGUACUAGGCUGCCUGGUGGUGGCGGUGGCCCUGCUUGCGCUGUCGGGCGGCGUGGACUCGGCGACGGGGACGAACGGGACGACGCCGGUCGUCAAUCCCCCGCGCCGCACCAAGUACAUCCGUGUAAGCUCCAAAAAGCGCAACUACGAGGUCUCCUGCACCGACGAAGGCAAUCCGUCGUGCUACAUCCGCUGCCCAACGCGAUGCCCCAACUCUUGCUUCGUCUCCUGCGAAUACUGCUUGAGCUUCUGCCAGUGUGAUAUCUUCCCGGGCACUUCUUGCGGCGACCCUCGCUUCACCGGCGGCGACGGCAACACCUUCUACUUCCACGGCAAGAAGGACCAGGACUUCUGCAUCGUCUCCGAUGCCGACCUCCACAUCAACGCCCACUUCAUCGGCAACCACAACCCCGACCUCAAGCGCGACUUCACCUGGGUGCAGGCCCUCGGCGUCAGCUUCGGUGAGCACCGCCUCUACAUCGGCGCCCGCAAGGCCGUCGAGUGGGACCAAGACGAGGACCACAUCCAGAUGGCCUUCGAUGGAGUGCCUCUCGACGUCGACACCGUCAAGAACGCCCGCUGGGUGUCCAAGGCCCUGCCCGCCCUGUCCGUCACGCGGAUGGACGCUGUCAACACCGUCAUGGUGGAGCUCGAUGGCGUCUUCAGCAUCUCGGCCAGUGCCGUUCCCAUCACCGACGAGGACAACCGGAUCCACAAGUACGGCAGGACGGAGAGCGACAGCCUCGUGCACCUCGACCUUGGUUUCCAGUUCCAUAACCUCACCAAGGACGUCGACGGCGUGCUUGGCCAGACCUACCGCCCUAACUACGUCACCAGGCUGAACAUCACGGCUAAGAUGCCGAUCAUGGGCGGCGCACCAAAGUACCUCUCGUCGGGUCUCUUCUCGACGGACUGCGCCGUCUCCAAGUUCCACCGCAGCGGUAGUGUCGUCACCACAUUCGCUUCUUAACUAUAUUGCAGCCCGGCCACUGAUCCGUGCCAUGAAAUAGUAAGUCAAAAAUAUCCAUCACCAGUGUCGUGUGUAGGGUCAUCUCUACAUAUAAACGUGCGUACGUGCUAGUGAGGUACACACGUGCACCCGGCCCGUGACAAGGAAGAAAUAAUAAGCUAGUAAGGAGCUCUAUAAUCGAAUAUGUUCUUCACUAUUCAUUGUUUUGAGAAAAUGUGACAUGUAAUUCUUGUUCGAAUUUGAAGUCAUCUGACUGAUGAAUAAAUUAUGCUUAUGUUAAA